UGGAGGACGCCCCUCGUUGGGCGUUGUUGAGGUUGCCGUUCGGUUCAGCCAAAUCCCAUGCCCCAGUCGCUCGGAGGGGUUGCAGUUGCAGUCUGGUUCAGCUAAGGAUAUGGCUGGUGAAUGCACCUCACGACGAUGGGUGUCGUUGUCGUCGCUAUGAAUGUGCUGACUGUCCUGCUGCCAAACGGCGAACUCGCUUCUCCUCCUUCCCCCCCGGUCUCGUCCUCCUCAUCCUCGUCCUUUGGAUUGCAUGCGCGGUAACACAGCACGUGCGACAAUCGAGUUUGGGCGGCUCCUGCUGGGGACUUGUCGCGUAGAAGCCGACGUGGAACCUGACUUUGUCACCUCGUCAUCUGCCACGCGGGCGCGGAGAAAAAACAUACACUUCUCCCAUGCUGUUAGUGCAACCAUCGAAUUCGAAGUGAACGGAAGCGUCCACGGCAAUGGCGAUUCCAGCGCCAUGAUCUUCAUGGCUUCUCCGGCCUCCUCCGGGCCAUCAUCGUCAUCAUCUUCAGCAUCGUUAUCGUCGUCCGCACCUUGGUCCUCAUCCUCAUCCAGGAGCAAGGUGAGGACGGCUCAGAAGCCAUGGCAUUCGUCGUCAUCGUCGUCGCCAACCAUCGCGCAAGCUUCGAGUUGCCACGUAUCCUAUUGGCAUUCCAGGAUGGAGGAUGACCAGUCGACGGAUUCGUGUUUUUUAGCUUCCCUGGGGAAAGCGGAUGUAGCGCGGGCCAUCGUCCGGCCAUCCACCCGUUCGAAAGGGAAUGUCUUUAGCGGGGCGUUUCUCUUUGGCUGGGGCGAGUGCGUGAAGGUGAUCUCCCACCUGUCAAGGGCUGGUGGCUGCGAUGUCGAAGGGGCGAGCGGAGAGCAGGGAAGUGAGGGUGGGUUGUCAAAGGAUUCGAUGCUGGGCGGAGCAGGAUCCGGAGCCAAUAGCUACUCGGGGGCUGAACGACGCUUACUCAGGAGAAAAAGGCUUGAAGGAAGAAGAAGUCCAUCACUAUCAUUCUCCUGGCGAGCUAGGGCGAUGACGGGUGAUCAGCAGAGCGAUGAACAACAAUCUAGUCUUCUGCGGACACGUGGCACGUUAUCAUGGCCUCUCUGGCGAGCUAUGGCGAUGUCAAGUGAUCAGCAGAGUGAUGAACGGCAAUCUGAUGCCGCCUCACGACCUCUCCGGCGAGCAAUGGCGAUGGCCGCUGAUCAGCAGAGCGAUGAACGGCAAUCUGAGAUCUUGCCGAGACGUGGCACAUUCCCCUGCCCUGUCUGGUCAGCUGAAGCGAUUGCGGUUCAGCAGUGUGAUGAACGGGAAUCUGAUACCCUGCCGACACGUGUGCCACAGCUCUUUACCGUGGACGAUGCGGCGUUUGCCUCCUCUACCGCGGUCUUCGCUCGUCAGGGGGCCCAAUGGCAGCAACGCAGGGCCGCCUCUGAGAAGUCUUCCUUUGCCCAUCGUGCGACCAGAAUGGCUCCUCCAAGCGUGGGUCAGUUAGUUUGUCACCCGCUUGCGCUCUUGCACUACGUACCCAAGAACGCUGCCCUCUUUCUGGCGGGAGCUUUCGCAGGCGCGUUUGCUAAGACUCUGACGGCUCCUUUGGACAGGGUGAAGCUCCUCCUACAGGUGCAGAGUAUUCCUAGAACACCAGGAAUUGCCGUGGGGAAGAAUUUGGGGUUUCUUGAGGCCCUGGCUCAAAUUAGGGGAGAGGGAGGUUUGGCAGGCUAUUGGAAAGGCAAUGUGCCCCAGGUGAUUAGAGUUGUGCCAUACAGUGCUGUACAGCUCUGCGCGUACGAGACAUUCAAGAGACUCUUCAAAGGCCGGAGUAAGGAGCUUUGUGUUCCAGGGAGGCUAGUUGCUGGGGCAUGUGCAGGCAUGACAUCGACCUUGAGGGCUGGCAGAUAUCAGCGGUUGUCCACCCCUGAAAAGAAGAACAGGGUUGCAAAGGAGAAACCAGCUAUGGCAACAAGUGCAAAGGAUGAGCUUGCAUUGGAAGCAAAAAGAGUGCAAUUAGAGGGGAGGAUGAGAAAGGAGGAGGAAGAGGAAAUGAAGAAGGAAGGCAUAGCAGACUCCAAGCGGAUUGCGGCAGAGCAGACCGCUGAUGUGGAAGACAGAUUUGAAGCCCUCUCCACAUUGCAAUCUCCUCAUUCAAAUGAGCUUGUCACAUUGAAGGAGAUGACACCAAAGAGUGCAAACGGGUAACCGUUGCCCACCUGACCGUACCCAACUGUAACCAGCGGGUUGUGGGCAGGGACAGGUACCCUUCUGGACGGGUGAAUUGGGUAUGGGCAGGCAAAAAAAAUAUGGGUCGUUGUGAGGGCAGGCACAAUUGCCAAGAUGGAGAUCACAGGCAGGUGGGGCUGCGUAGGGGCAGGUAGGGGCAAGGAAAAGAAAAAUAAUGCAGGUAUGAGCGGCCAAAAGAAAAAAAAUAAUUGUAUGGGUCGUCUAGGGUGGUUAAACCACCAGUACCUUGCCCAACCAGAAAAAAAUGUUGCGGCCGUUAACGCGCCGUGACUUUCUACGUUCGGGAGGCUGUGUGACGGAACCUGAAAGGCGGUCCGUCAGAAUCAAGACAAAGAGAUGAG